AGUGCAAGUGUAGUAUUUGCUGGCACGGGGACAAAAAACCAACGUGGUGAACCUAUCUUUCUUUAAAGCUUUACAUUCCUCCCGUUGUCUGCUUAGAGGAAACUAGACGUGGUGUUUUUCGAUGCGAGGUAAUAUAUAAAGUCAUUUCAGGCGUGUAUCUACGGUGUCGUGUUAAGGUCACUCGCUGGCUGCCUGAAUUCCCCUCUUUGUGUUUACACAUCCGGGUUUCCCUGUUUGCAGCCCAUUCCCCAUUUAGAAGCCAUUUUGGACACAGAUCAGUAACAUGCAUGUAAACCCCGACCGACCUCCCGAUGCAGCGGUGCUACUAUCCAACUGAAUAACCUCAAAAAGAGCGCCGAGGUUUCGUCUACGGUGGUUUCGCGGCGUCCCAUUCGGUUUCUGGAUUCACUUCGGACGCGAUAUGCCGCACCUUGUCCUGGACUGAGAGUCUGGCAGUCAAUUAAUCGCUCCUAUCUUUCUUGCAACAUUGUUGCAGCGACGCGGCUAUUGACACGCGCUGUGGUGGAGCUACUGCUGCUGCUGCUGCUGGUGGUGGUGGAGGUGGUUAGGCUGCCGGGGGACCGGAGGCCUGUGGUCGUUUUGAUCCCGGACUGAUGUUUUGGACAACCUGAGUUUUAAUGUUCGCGACGGAAAGUGGGGGAAAUCUCUGUCCUGUAUUUAAAACGGAACAUGUCUUUUUCAUGGCUGACUUGUUCACUUCUUCUGGGAACUUUAUGCGCAGGGUACAGCCUGGGCGAAGCAGAGACCCGGGAGUGUGUGUACUACAAUGAUAACUGGCGUACGGAGAGGACCAACCAGAGCGGCUUCGAGCGCUGCGAGGGGGAGAAGGACAAGCGACUGCACUGUUAUGCCUCCUGGCUCAACUCCUCAGGGACCAUCAAGCUGGUGAAGAAAGGCUGCUGGCUGGACGACUUCAACUGCUAUGACAGGCAAGAGUGCGUCUCCAUGGAGGAAAACCCUCAGGUCUUCUUCUGCUGCUGCGAGGGCAACUACUGCAAUGAACGAUUCACCCACCUUCCUGACAUGAUUGGCAGUGGCAACCGAGUGAAAAUCCGGCCUCCACCUCGAGUGCCGUCCCUGCUCAACGUGCUGGUGUACUCGCUGCUGCCUCUCUGCGUGCUGUCCCUGGCCCUCGUUUUGGCCUUGUGGAUGUACCGCCACCGCAAACCUCCGUACGGCCACGUAGACCUGAGCGAGGACCCUGGGCCAGCUCCUCCAUCCCCCUUGGUGGGUCUCAAACCUCUGCAGCUGCUGGAAAUCAAAGCUAGGGGGCGCUUUGGUUGUGUUUGGAAGGCCCAGCUGAUGAGCGAAUAUGUGGCAGUGAAGAUUUUCCCCAUUCAGGAUAAGCAGUCGUGGCAGAACGAGCGGGACAUUUUCAUCACUCCAGGGAUGCGACAUGAAAACCUCCUGCGUUACAUCGCUGCAGAAAAACAUGGAUCCAACCUGGAAACAGAGCUGUGGCUGAUCACAGAGUUUCAUGAGAGGGGCUCAUUGACGGACCAUCUGAAGGGUAACACUGUGUCCUGGAGUGAGCUGUGUCACAUGGCAGAGACCAUGUCCCGCGGCCUGGCCUACCUCCAUGAGGACAUUCCCAGCUACAAGGGAGAGGGACCCAAACCCACCAUUGCACACAGGGACUUCAAGAGUAAGAAUGUGAUGCUACGCGAUGAUUUGACUGCAAUCAUUGGAGACUUUGGGCUCGCUGUACGAUUUGAACCAGGAAAACCUCCAGGAGACACUCAUGGACAGGUGGGUACGAGGCGCUACAUGGCUCCAGAGGUGCUGGAAGGAGCCAUCAACUUCCAGAGAGACUCCUUCCUGAGGAUAGACAUGUACGCUAUGGGCCUUGUGCUGUGGGAGCUGGUGUCCCGCUGCACAGAGACAGACGGUACAGUUGGCGAGUACAUGCUGCCGUUCGAGGAGGAAAUAGGCCAGCAUCCCUCCCUGGAGGAUCUGCAGGAUGUGGUCGUGCACAAGAAGAUGCGUCCAGUCAUGAAGGACUGCUGGCUCAAACAUCCUGGUCUGAGCCAGAUGUGCGAGACCAUCGAAGAAUGCUGGGACCACGACGCAGAGGCGCGACUGUCCGCCGGCUGCGUCGAGGAGCGCAUCGGCCAGAUCUCCAGGACGAUCAGCAGCACUACCUCAGACGGCCCCGUCUCCAUAGUGACGUCUCUCACCAACGAGGACCUACCUCCCAAAGAGUCCAGCACCUGAAUGGGUGACACCAACAUCCCUCACACGAGCUCCUGACUUUUAAUUUCUUUCAAAUCCAAACUCAGCGGAUGUCCGUGAAUAUUUAAAAGCAUAAAAACGACAACAAUGAGCAACUUGGAUGCAGCUGAUAUUUAAUCCCAAUACCGGUAUUUUUUUUAUUUUGUGUGUUUUAAGUCUGAUUUUACUAACACAUCCAUCUGCUGUAGUAAUAAGUUAUUGGAUGGGCACAUCUGAUAACACCCAUGUGUCAAAUCCUAAAUGUUGUCAUUACCUCAUGUAUUUCUUUUGGUGUUAGUCUAUUUUUAUUACCUCAUACGUUUGCCGUUUUCCUGUCUCGGUCAUGAUCGUCUGCGGCCAAAUGAAACGAACCUUCUUGCUCCAAACCUUGGACAACGUGCUGCACACCUCGGAGGAACCAUUUUGAGACUGUUAGACGAAAUAUAUUCAUCUUCCUCAGGGGUCGAAGCUUCUCGAUUUUUUUUCAAAACUUCGAGUGUGCUCCCUUAUUUUAAACCUGUGAAUGCCUCAGAAUGAAAUGAGAAAAGGAGACGGGAAGCGGGGCACAGCUGUGUUCUCGUAAGGACGGAGCUGGAAUGGGAGCUGAGCAGUUGUUAUCGGACGUUGUGGACUUUUUUUGGAAGAUUUGGGACAUGUCUCUUGUCCCCGGGGAACUACCUCUCAGGUAUCCAUUAGGCUUCUUUGGAACAUUUUCUCUAUGAUGAGAGCCAAGCUAUCCAGCUAGCUACCAUGGACAUAUUCCUGGAUUUGUAUUUGUUUUUAAUUGUAGAAAAGCAGAGUUACUCCUUUUGCCAGUGCCAGGGGCAUUGACAGAUGCUGUCUGGAGUUGCGAUGUUACACAUUCUUGAUUUUAAACUGUGUGUGUGUGUGUGUGUGUGUGUGUGUGUGUGUGUGUGUGUGUGUGUGUGUGUGUGUGUGU